AAAUAAAUUCAAGUUUACCAAGUGAAAUUGAUGAUUUCAUUAACAAUAUACUGGAGAAUAAGAAAGUCUUGACUAGUUUAUUUAUUGAAGUUACUAUAAAUAAAGCAAGAGAAUUGCUCAUUUCAGAUUUAAAUAAUGUGGAUAAUGAUUCUGAAAAUACUGAUUGGGAUACUGGUUCUACAUUAACUAUAGCAAGUAGAAGUACAGAAGCAGAGGAUGAAAUAAUAAUAUCACAAACUAGUGGUUCAAAUUUGACUUCAUGUCAAAUGGCACCAUCUAUCAAAAGAAAAAAAAUUUUGGAAACUUUAUUUGCAUUUGAUGCAAUGCCACCUGAUGCAACUAUUAAUUCAGUAUUGAAAACUCUACUAACUUAUUGGGAUGACUGA